AUGAGGCUGCUGACGGUUCUGCUGUUAUCAGCCAUUUCAACUUUCUGCGAGGGAUCGUGGACGUUGAGCUCAGUUCAGCCGGUUAAAACUGAGACCCGUCCAAAGGCGAAAAAGCCUGUUUAUGACCUGUACUAUUACAGUCCCGAAACGUUAGGCUCCUCCUUUUACUAUGGAUCUCAGACGAAUUGUCAGUGCCGCCCAGGGCCUCCCGGCCCACCUGGUCCACCUGGAACUCCUGGCUUGCCAGGUGAGCAAGGACCGCCCGGUGAAAAAGGCGACCGUGGGGAUCGUGGAGAAAGUGGAGAGCGAGGAAGAACGGGCAGACCGGGCUAUACUGGAUUUCCGGGACCCAUUGGACCACCAGGUUCCCCAGGAAAGUCUCCAUCACAUCGGCAUAAGCAAGGUCCGACAAUCAUUUAUUUACCAGCAAUUACAGACGACAAGCCACCUAAAAAAGAAACCACAAAGGGAGCAAUGGAAAUACACCAUCGAAACCCGAUAACAGAAAGAUUGUUUUAA